AUGCCAUCCUACAAACUCACUUACUUUAACAUCAAGGGAGCUAGGGGAGACAGCAUCCGAAUGGCCUUCCAUUACGGUGGCAUUCCCUUCACAGACGAACGAUUGACGCCCGAGGAAUUUGGCAAGAUCCAAGAGAAACUCCCAUUUGGACAGGUACCUAUCCUGACGGUGGACGAGAAAAAAGUGAUAUCUCAAGAGGUCGCAAUCUUGCGCUACAUUGGCCGGUUGGUAGGACUUUACCCAGAUGAUCGAGAAGAAGCCGUCAACGUCGAUAUUCCGCUGUCUUUUGUUGAUGACUUAUACUCGGCCGUGCUUGUGUUCUUUACACCUGAGCAGCCGGGAAAAGAGUUCGCAACGAAUAUGGUGAUCGAGGAUCGUAUCCCCAAGUUGCUUGCUUGUCUCGAUAACUAUCUGGCCAACAAAGGCACUACUUUCAGCGCUGGGAACAAUUUGACGGUGGCCGACUUGAGGAUUUACUCAGCACUCACCCUUUACAAAUCAGGGAAGUUCCAGGGCUUGGCUGUCGACCUUGUCAACAAUUACCCUAAGAUCGCCAACCUUUACCGGGAAAUUGAAGGCCAUGAAAAGCUUGUCAACUGGAAAAAGGCCCAGGCUUAA